GAGGGAGGGGUUACGUGACCUGUAUUCUGUGACAUGGUCACAUGUGGGUUUUCUUUUUCAGUUUGAAAAAAUGACUGCUUUUAGUCUUCCCUCCAGUUUCACUUUAAGGUGGAAAAUGAAGAUUUUAUUCGUAAAGUUGAGCACAGUGACCUUACAGUCUUUUUGAAAGCAACAGUUGAUGUUUUAAGAACACAUCUCAGAGAACUCCAGUAGAUAAAGCUAAAAAAAGAGAACGUGUUCAGGGUGAACUGAGGGCGGGACCCCAAACCGUACUCUGUCUCUCCCAGAGUGUGUAAUUGCUGAGAUGGGUGGAUAUAGGACCCCAAGCACCCUGGGGACCGAGGUCCUCAAAUGACAGCAGAGGUCCGGGCUGAGCCAGGAGCAAGUGGCCUGUGCCCUGGCGAGUGGAGAGCCGCGAGGGUGGGAGUGGAGCCAGGAGAGGGGUGGGAGACUCAGGCGGGGUCUGGGAGGCGCUGGCUGUCACGGCUCGAGGCAGGGACACCCUUGAACCUCCACCAUGCAGCCCCCACGGGGCAGAGUCGUCUGGCAGCCAAGGGUCGAAGUUAAGAGGGCAAGUUCGCAGCAGGUUGAAUGAACCCCUGUACGCACUGUGGGUUCAUUUUAAGUGCCUGGAGCGAGGUUGGUCAAGCCCUUGCUGAGCUCGAGUGAGGGAGUCUGACAGGGAGGACCGAGCUCAGGGUGAGAGUGAGGGGCAGCUAGCGUGGUGAGUCCUCCUCAGCCGGGUGGGUUCUGGGGACGCCCUUGAGUUCAGGGCUGCCCUUUCAGUAGCCUCACUGGAGGCUUGUUUAGGGGGUAGAGGGGGCAGAAGCCCACUUAGAAGACGUGCUCAUUCCCAGGGGUGGUGGUUUCUGAAGGAGUUUAUACUGGUUGGUUCGACUGUGACCCAGUACCUUGCAGGGUCAUGUUUGACAGGGGGCCUGAGCCGUGGGCACAGCCUGCCUUCUCCUGCACUCCACACUCAAUUGUUGUCUUUUUGGCAGCCCCUCCCCCCUCUCUGCACCCUUGACGGUGGGCCUGAGCCCAGCCCCCCUGUUGCCAUGGAGCCCCUUGUGACUGAGUGGGUUCCAGUUCUGGGCUCCUGGGAGACGUGCUGGAGGCAGAGCCUUCAUGCCAUUUGGUGGUCAUAGUGUGAGAGCAGUGGUCAUAGUGUGAGAACAGUGUGUGUGAGAGUGGUGUGUGAGAGCAGUGUGUGUGUGAGAGCGGUGGUCGUAGUGCGAGAUUGGUGGUGAUAGCUCGGUAGCCGAGGUAUCCUACCGUGAAACAGCAGUUGCCCCCGAGUGGGGGGCUGUCCCCAUCCACGAGGAUGGGUCGCAGAAUGGCCCGCCUGUGGGCGUUAUUCCAGCGCUGCAACCCCAAGGCAAAGGCGAGGACUAGGAAGGACUUGGCCUCAGCCCACGUCCUGGAAGCAGAGCGGCCUGAGGAGUUUCCAACUCCUGAAGAACUACACACAUGGAGGCAUCAGCUUCAUGAAAGACAAGAGGAGAUCGCUCAGCUAAAAGCUGAAAGAAACAACACCAGGCUGCUGCUGGAGCACCUGGAGCGCCUGGUUUCCCGACACUUUCCAGCCGUCGGGAUGACAGCGGGCAAGUGGCAGGCGCAGUCCCCAGCCGGCAUGACGAGUGAGGUGGAGGUGCUCAGGGCGCUGAAAUUUCUCUUUGAAUACCACAAGGCCCUGGACGAGAAGCAGAUGAUUCUUUCAGAGGAGAAUAACCAGGAAAAGAUACUAACGGACAGGGUGCUUGAUGUACAUCAUGAGCAAGAAAACAUGCCAAGCGCCAAUGGAAAGAGACCCUCGGACGGCUUGGCGAAGGAGACAGAGCUCCAGGAAAUCAUACAGAGGCAGUUGCGGGAGCAGAGGCAGAUGGAGGAGCGCCUGGCAGCCCUCUCUGCCCACGUGAAACAUCUGGAGGAGGACCUGGACACGGCCAGGAAGGACCUCCUCCAGUCCAAGGACAGGAAGAGAAAACUUGAGCGGGACGUCCGCGAAACAGAGGAUAAGAACCGCCAGUUGCAGGAGCGCCUGGAGCUGGUAGAGAAGCUGCAGCAGAGACUGCGGAGGGCAGAGACGCUGCCCGAGGUGGAGGCGGAGCAGGCGCAGAGGGUGGCCUCGCUCUCCAAGGACCAGCUGAUUCUAAACCUGGAAACCCUGAGAGCCGAAGUGGACCAGACGAGACUGCGAGGGGCUCCCUUCCACCACAGGGGAUCCUCGCAGUCCAGAGCCCCCACCCAGCCUUCUUCUAGAGAAAAGGAGAUGUCAUUUGAGACAAAGGCAGAGCCAGAAACUGGUCCUGUGUCUGAAACCACGGCGGGUGGAGUUCAAGGAGAGCACGUGCCCUGUAGAACAGGAGGGGACGUGGCCGGACUUGGUGGCAGAGCUCCUCCAGGCCGACCCCACUUGGGCAGCGCCCCGGACCUCAGGUUCCCUGUGGCGGACCGGCCGGCAGACUCCUUGGGCAACGGGGCGGUGCUGUGGUGCCCCCAGAAAGGCCGGCUGGCAGCGUUGCACGAUGAGCCAUCCGAGGCAAGGACCCCGCCGCCCCCUUCCCAUCCCUGGUGGGCACCUUGUGAGGCACCUGCCCCCUCACACUGUGGUCCUGAGGUGCAGACCCCGAAGGAGCAGGACUGGGAGCGCACGCAGCAAGCCAGCAUGCUGGCCGAUGUGGCCCAGGCGUUUGAGAGUGACGAGGGCAUGUCUGACGACGAGGGCGACAGGGUCACCCUCUUCAGCUCGGCCACUCAGCUGUCGCCCAGCAGGCAGGCCAAUGCCAAGACUCUGACCGUGAUGAUGCAGGAGCAGCUGGACGCCAUCAACGAAGAGAUCCGGUUGAUCGAAGAAGAGAAGGAGAACACGGAGCAGCGGGCCGAGGAGACUGAGAGCAGGGAGGGCAGGGGGAGCUUAGGCAGCCUCCGUCGUUUUAAAUCAGUGAGCUCCCUCAACCUGCUUCCCACCUCCUCGCAUGCUGGCUCCUGCCCGCCCCUGCCCAAGCCCAGAAGGAGGCAGCAGAGCCUGGCGCAGGAGGGAGACCAGCUGGGCAUCAUGACUCUGGUAUGUGACUGCCUCCUCCCUGCCGCAUCCCUCCCCCAGCAUGCUGUUUUUUGUUUGUUUUUUGUUUUUUCUCUUUAUACCCAGAAGAAAAUCAGGUACAUUUGCUACGCUCAGAGGUCUAAAAGUUUUUAAACUGCCUCGUCUUUAAUCAUUCCACAAUGGCACAGCGACAAAUUAGUCUUGAUAUUUGGACCACCACUUAGCACGUCAUCAUGAACUCAGCCAGAGCCUGCCUCUGUAACGUUGGGCCUGGCCUUGUGCAGGGCACAGCAGCUGCAGGGAAGUUUCUGUUCUCAGGGAGCAGACAGCUUCGUGAAAGUAACCAUAGGCAGCUCUCAUGGCAUGGGAAAGCCGUACAGCACAUUUUCCACUGGGGAUGCCUGGCUACAGGGUGCAGGGCAUGCGGUGGGAACAAAACCAAGAAUCUACAUUGGUCUGCUUACUGAUGGACCUGGCCACGCGCUCAGGCCAGCUCUGCGUGUGAAACCAGGUUAAAAGCCCAGGGCCCAGGGCCCCAGGGAAGACGUCGGGCUGCCUCACUUUUCCGAGUCUAAAACUGGGAUGACGACCUAGGGCUUUUGGUGACAGAGUGUGUGGCUCUAAAGCACAUGUUCCAGCUUUCUUGCGUGUUUAGCUUAGGUGUUGUGAGUGCAUUGCUGUUCACCCCAUGAAAUCACGUGUACAACAUCCUGCUUUGUAACUGGACUUGUAUUGUCUCUGUUUUCUGUUACCACCCAUUGCAUGUUAGCUGCAUUGUUAGUCAGCUUAUAAUUAAAUUAACCGUGAAUCAUUUUAGCGGCCUGUGAA